AUGGACGCCGCUGAUGGCGUGGAACAGCUUUUUGCAGAGCAUACGGCCGUGCCUGCGUUAGCCGUGUUGCAGCAGCUACGGAAGGACUUGAGCCAGCAGCAGGGUGAAAAGCUGCUGAACAACCACCGGGAUUGUCUUCAGUUGGGAACAUGUAGCUUUGGACGGCGCGGUCGAGCAUCGUACGCAUUGCGGACGCAAGCCGAGGUGCAGCGUCUCUUUAACAUCACCAAAAUAUCCGGUCCGCAUGGUGCAGAAGUGGUCCGUGCAGCCCAUCCCCUGGCAGGCUCGGUGUGUGACGGCGGUACAGCCGACACGAUGUCCAUGCUCAUCGAUUCACAACCAACCCGCGAUCAUGUAGGAAAUGUAGACCCGUCCUGCGGCACUGGCUUCUCUGCAGUUCCUAGGAAUACGGUUUGGGCUGCUCUGUAG